AUGCAUUCCUCCACUAUCGCUGUCAUCUUGGCCUUCACUGCCGGCAUGGCUGUCAACGGCGCGCCGCUCAACCCCUCUGUUGGCAUCAACCCCUCCUCCAGGCUUCUAACCAUUGAUGAUCUUCAAUACAAGCCUGAGCAGGGUGAUGCCAUUCACCAAUUGGUUGACAAGCGUGAUCCUCAGCGCAGCCGUGGCCACAAGAUUGGCAACGUCAUCGAGGGAAUCAGUGGAGCUAUUGGCGGUGCUGCCGACUUGCUUACUAUCGGCGGCGCGGUCCAGGGCCAGCCCCAGAAGCGUGAUCCUCAGCGCAGCAAGGGCCGCAUCAUUGGCAACAUUGGUGAAGGAAUUGCUGGCGGUGUCGGUGCUGUCGCAGAUUUGCUCACUAUCGGCGGCGCUGUCCAGGGUCAAAACCAGAAGCGUGAUCCUCAACGCAGCCGUGGCCGUCUCAUUGGCAACAUCGGCGAGGGAAUUGGUGAAGUCAUUGGUGGUGCAGCAGAUCUGAUCACAAUUGGCGGUGCUGUCCAGGGCCAGCCUCAGAACCAGAAGCGCGAUCCUCAGCGCAGCAAGGGCCGUAUCAUUGGCAACAUCGGCGAGGGAAUUGGUGGAGCCAUUGGCGCUGCCGCAGAUUUCCUCACUAUCGGCGGAGCUGUUCAGGGUCAGAAUCAGAAGAGAGGCCUUACGGUCGUGGAUGAUCUCGGUCAACCAGUAGUGGUCAGUGAACCCGCUGACUACGACCUCGCCGAGGGACAGAAUGAGAAGCGCGAUCCUCAGCGCAGCAAAGGCCGUAUCAUUGGCAACAUCGCUGAGGGAGUCGCUGGUGGUGUCGGUGCUGUUGCGGAUUUCCUCACAAUCGGCGGCGCUGCACAGGGCCAGAACCAGAAGAGGGGCCUUACAGUUGUGGACGAGCACGGUCAGCCAGUAGUGGCCCGUGAGUCUGCUGACUACGACUACGACCUCCCAGAAGGCCAAAACGAGAAGAGAGACCCUCAGCGCGGCCGUCGCAUUGGCAACUUUAUCAAGGGCUUUGGCGAGGGUGUUGGGAUUGUCGGAGACCUAGGCGUUAUUGGAGGAGCUCUCCAAGGCCAGAACCAGAAGAGAGGCCUCACAGUUGUGGACGAUCUCGGCCAACCAAUAGUAGCCAGUGAGUCCGCUGACGACGACCUCCCCGAAGUCCAGAAUGAGAAGAGAGACCCUCAGCGCGGUCGUCGCAUUGGCAACUUUUUCAAAGGCUUUGGCGAGGGUAUUGGAAUCGCCGGAGAUCUGCUUACCCUCGCUCCGCAAGACUCUCAGCCAGCUGCAAAGAGGGAUCUUUCACUAGUCGCCGAUGACAAAGUCAAUAGCAUUGAUGCGGAACACUCGACAGUGGGCUUGUUGGCGCCAGCGAUUGAGUACGAGAAGCGCGAUCCUCAGCGCAACCGUGGCCACAACAUUGGCAAAGCCAUCGAGGGACUCGGUGAUGGUCUCGGUGCCCUCGCCGAUGUCAUCUCUAUCGGUGGAGCUGUCCAGGGCCAGCAGCCACCCCAGAAGCGCGAGCCUCAGCGCAACCGUGGCCACAGCAUUGGCAGGGUCAUCGAGGGUCUCGGUGAUGGUCUUGGUGCUUUCGCUGAUAUCGUACAAAUCGGUGGAGCUGUCCAGGGCCAGCAACCACCCCAGAAGCGCGAGCCCCAGCGCAGCAAGGGUCGCAUCAUCGGCAACGUUCUUGAGGGUGUUGGCGGU